CCUGGUCAAUUACUAGGAUCUCUGUAGUCCUUUGCCUACUUGUUCCCCUUGCAAGUGGAGGCAAUGUCAAAAUUAUGCACCUAACUGAUUUAUUGAUGUAUCAAUAUUUUGUAAGCAUGCAGAUGGCAGUACAACCACAAAACAAGGCACUACUACCUUGCUGCAAGGUGUUGGCAGGAUAUAACUUUGCUCACAUGUCAAGCAUACAGCUUGCUCUGAUAAGUUGGCCUCAGCAUUAAUUACUUUACCUAAGUUAUCAUCUGCAAUCAUAUGUUUCUUCAUUAUCACAUCCAUUCAUACUUUCCAUAAAUAUGAUGCUCAUCUACUCAUUAAUUCGUUAAAGGCUGCACGUGCUAUAGAAAGUGAACCCCAUGACAGAUAUGUUAUUAACAUUACAUUUUGAGAAAUCUUGUACUUUCCUGCCUACCUUUUCUCCUAUGGACGUGCUGUGGAGAAGACACUAUGUAAUCAUGCGAAGGCAGUGAGUGUAGUAUCUCUAGUGUCUUACAGGAAGAUCUAUGUAUAGGGGGCGAUAUGCUUUCUAGGUCAGAAGACCAUUCCCCGCUCGUCUAAGUUCUCCCUGAAAGAAAGGAUACACACUCAAUUCCUUUUGUUCCUGAGUUCUCCCUGAAGAACAGAUACAGGGUCGACUCUUUUGCUUCCGCACAAAUAUAUAUACUGAUUACUAACGAGUUGUUCUCUUUCACAGCAAUCGGCUUCUUUUUUAUCUCCUUUUUUUCGUUUUGGAAUUCUCUCAGUGUUCAUCUGGGCAGAAGCCCACACUUAAAAAAAAAAACCAGUUUGAUGGGUUCUGUCUUGUCUAAUUAGACAAGGCAAACUGUUUGGUUUCCUUGAUCUUUCCUUAAAAGUCUGUGAGAUUGAUUCGCAGAAUAAUGUCCAAGAACAAACGAACACAGAAGAAUGAUGUUACUGUCAUGUCAAGCAUGCUGGCUUCUCGCAUAAUCUGCGCAAUGCAGCCGGCAAAGAGUCACUUGCGGUGGUCUGAUGAUCUCCAUAUGAUCUUUGUGAAAACUGUGGCGUAUCAAGGAGGUCCCCAUGAAGCUAAACCAACUGCACUGAAGGAGAUGAUGGAAGCUAUGGGAGUCAGGGGCCUUACAAUCCAAAACAUCAAGAGUCACCUCCAGAGGUACAGGGAGAAGUGUGAAUUAGGUGCUGAAGCUCCUGCUGUUGAAGUGCCAGUCAUCACAUCACAUAGCAAGGCAGCACUUAAUCAGGCGUCUAAGAUACUGAUGGACACUGACGCAGUUAUGUUGGAAAUGGAGAUAAUGAACAAUUUCCUUAUGGAUGACAUAGAGAUGGUUGAUAACAGCUUUUCUGUGGACCGGGUUCAGAUGAUGGAGGGAGCUGAUGGAUGAAAAAUCCAGGUUGUCUACAGUCACAAUGACAAUGAAGCUAACUGUGAUUGAUGAGUACAUAGCUGACUUGGCCAAUUAUGCAUUUGGCCAUCUGUGGUUCCACUCUCAAGACAUGUCCCUCCUUUCUCAUCUAUCUGAGCGAGUCUGAUGCCAAGACUGUUUCUGACACAAAGCAAAAUGACCAUAAUGAAAUAAGAAGUUCCCCUAUGUAAACUUGCGGCAAUGCGUAUUUCUUUUUUUAAUAAUAAUGCAUAUUUCUUAGAGCAAGGUUAAUAAUAAAGCUGGCUGCUGGCUGUAAAAAUCUUUGCAGCCUAUAUCUCA